AUGGCGAAAAUUGCACCAUCACCAAAGUCACCUCCCGCCUUCCUGGUCCUCACAACUCGGCCGGCUACGAGUGCAUGGGGUCUGUGUGCCAAUCGAUGUUUGAGCGUGUUGUCCCUCCUGUCACCCAGCGUGCUGUCCCUCCUGUCACCAAACGUGAUCCCUCCUGUCACCCAGCGUGUUGUCCCUCCUGUCACCCAGCGUGUUGUCCCUCCUGUCACCCAGCGUGCUGUCCCUCCUGUCACCAAACGUGAUCCUCCUGUCACCCAGCGUGCUGUCCCUCCUGUCACCCAGCGUGCUGUCCUCCUGUCACCAAACGUGAUCCCUCCUGUCACCCAGCGUGCUGUCCCUCCUGUCACCAAACGUGAUCCCUCCUGUCACCCAGCCGUGCUGUCCCUCCUGUCACCCAGCGUGCUGUCCCUCCUGUCACCCAGCGUGCUGUCCCUCCUGUCACCAAACGUGAUCCCUCCUGUCACCCAGCGUGCUGUCCCUCCUGUCACCAAACGUGAUCCUCCUGUCACCCAGCGUGCUGUCCCUCCUGUCACCAAACGUGAUCCCUCCUGUCACCCAGCCGUGCUGUCCCUCCUGUCACCAAACGUGAUCCCUCCUGUCACCCAGCGUGCUGUCCCUCCUGUCACCCAGCGUGCUGUCCUCCUGUCACCCAGCGUGCUGUCCCUCCUGUCACCCAGCGUGCUGUCCCUCCUGUCACCAAACGUGAUCCCUCCUGUCACCCAGCGUGCUGUCCCUCCUGUCACCAAACGUGAUCCCUCCUGUCACCCAGCCGUGCUGUCCCUCCUGUCACCAAACGUGAUCCCUCCUGUCACCCAGCGUGCUGUCCCUCCUGUCACCCAGAGUGCUGUCCCUCCUGUCACCCAGCGUGCUGUCCCUCCUGUCACCCAGCGUGCUGUCCCUCCUGUCACCAAACGUGAUCCUCCUGUCACCCAGCGUGCUGUCCCUCCUGUCACCAAACGUGAUCCCUCCUGUCACCCAGCGUGCUGUCCUCCUGUCACCAAACAAACAAGCACCCAGGGUGCUGUCCCUCAUGUCACCCAGCGUGCUGUCCCUCCCGUCACCCAGCGUGUUGUCCCUCAUGUCACCCAGCGUGCUGUCCCUCCCGUCACCCAGCGUGCUGUCCCUCAUGUCACCCAGCGUGCUGUCCCUCCCGUCACCCAGCGUGUUGUCCCUCAUGUCACCCAGCGUGCUGUCCCUCCCGUCACCCAGCGUGUUGUCCCUCAUGUCACCCAGCGUGCUGUCCUCCCGUCACCCAGCGUGCUGUCCCUCAUGUCACCCAGCGUGCUGUCCUCCCGUCACCCAGCGUGUUGUCCUCAUGUCACCCAGCGUGCUGUCCCUCCCGUCACCCAGCGUGUUGUCCCUCAUGUCACCCAGCGUGCUGUCCCUCCCGUCACCCAGCGUGCUGUCCCUCCCGUCACCCAGCGUGUUGUCCCUCAUGUCACCCAGCGCGCUGUCCCUCCUGUCACCCAGCGUGCUAUCCCUCCUAUCACCCAGCGUGCUCUCCCUCCCGUCACCCAGCGUGUUGUCCCUCAUGCCACCCAGCGUGCUAUCCCUCCUGUCACCCAGCGUGCUGACCCUCCCGUCACCCAGCGUGCUGUCCCUUCUGUCACCCAGGAUGCUGUCCCUCCCGUCACCCAGCGUGCUGUUCCUCCUGUCACCCAGCGUGCUGUCCCUCCCGUCACCCAGCGUGCUAUCCCUCCGUCACCCAGCGUGCUGUCCCUCCCGUCACCCAGCGUGCCGUCCCUCCUGUCACCCAGCGUGCUGUCCCUUCUGUCACCCAGCGUGUUGUCCGUCCUGUCACCCAGCGUGCUGUCCCUCCCGUCACCCAGCGUGCUGUCCCCCGUCACCCAGCGUGUUGCUCCUACUGUCACCCAGCGUGCUGUCCCUCCCGUCACCCAGUGUGUUGUCCCUCCCGUCACCCAGCGUACUGUCCCUCCUGUCACCCAGCGUGCUGUCCCUCCCGUCACCCAGCGUGAUGUCACUCCCGUGACCCAGCGUGUUGUCCCUCCCGUCACCCAGCGUGCUGUCCCUCCCGUCACCCAGCGUGCUGUCCCUCCCGUCACCCAGCGUGCUGUCCCUCCCGUCACCCAGCGUGCUGGCCCUCCCGUCACCCAGCGUGUUGUCCGUCCUGUCACCCAGCGUGCUGUCCCUCCUGUCACCCAGCGUGCUGUCCCUCCCGUCACCCAGCGUGCUGUCCCUCCUGUCACCCAGCGUGCUGUCCCUCCCGUCACCCAGCGUGUUGUCCAUCCUGUCACCCUAGCCAUGCUGCAUGUCCCUCCUGUCACCCAGCGUGCUGUCCCUCCCGUCACCCAGUGUGUUGUCCCUCCCGUCACCCAGCGUGUUGUCCGUCCUGUCACCCAGCGUGCUGUCCCUCCUGUCACCCAGCGUGCUAUCCUUCCUAUCACCCAGCGUGCUGUUCCUCCCGUCACCCAGCGUGCUAUCCCUCCUGUCACCCAGCGUGCUAUCCCUCCUGUCACCCAGCGUGUUGUCCCUCCUGUCACCCAGCGUGCUAUCCCACCUAUCACCCAGCGUGCUAUCUCUCCUGUCACCCAGCGUGCCGUCCCUCCCGUCACCCAGCGUGUUGUCCCUCCUGUCACCCAGCGUGCUGUCCCUCCCGUCACCCAGCAGGUUGUCCCUUCUGUCACCCAGCGUAUUGUCUCUCUUGUCACCCAGCGUGCUGUCACUCCCGUCACAAAGCGUGCUGUCCCUCCUGUCACCCAGCGUGCUAUCCCUCCUGUCACCCAGCGUGUUGUCCCUCCCCUCACCCAGCGUGCUGUCCCUCCCGUCACCCAGCGUGCUAUCCCUCCUGUCACCCAGCGUGCUAUUUCUCCCAUCACCCUGCGUGCUGUCACCCAGCGUGCUAUCCCUCCUGUCACCCAGCGUGCUAUCCCUCCCAUCACCCUGCGUGCUGUCACCCAGCGUGCUAUCCCUCCUGUCACCCAGCGUGCUGUUCCUCCUGUCACCCAGCGUGCUGUCCCUCCUGUCACCCAACGUGCUGUCCCUCCUGUCACCCAGCGUGUUGUCACUCCCGUCACCUAUCGUGAUGUCAGUGUCGUCACCCAGCGUGCUGUCACUCCCGUCACCCAGCGUGCUGUCCCUCCCGUCACCCAGCUUGAUGUCAGUCCUGUCACCCAGCGUGCUGUCAGUCUCAUCACCCAGCGUUCUGUCACUCCUGUCAACCAGCGUGCUAUCCCUCCCGUCACCCAGCUUGAUGUCAGUCCUGUCAACCAGCGUGCUGUCAGUCUCAUCACCCAGCGUGCUCUCCCUCCCGUCACCCAGCGUGCUGUCACUCCUGUCAACCAGCGUGCUAUCAGUCUCAUCACCCAGCGUGCUGUCACUUUUGUCAACCAGCGUGUUGUGCCUCCCAUCACGCAGCUUAGAUGUCAAUCUUGUCACCCAGCGUGA